AUGCCUGCUGAACGGCGCUCUACCAGACUCGCAUCUAUCGCGCCCACCGCCUCCCCUGCCACCAGCCCUUGCAGGCCCACGAGCGCUCGCAAGCCCACCAGCUCUCGCAAGCCUACCAGCACCCGCAAGCCAGCCACCCGCAAGAAGCCCGCCACUCGCAAGACCCUCUCCUCCCAACCCGCCGACACAGAAGAGACCCCGAGCGGCAACUACGAAGUCACCUUCCGCCAGCUCUGCGAAGAAUGCCCCAGCGAGUGCGGCUCGUCCAGCGAGGAGUCCGACGAGGGCUUCGACGCCAUGCGCGGCCACGAGUACUAUCUCGCGCAGGGCCUCACGGAAAAGCAGAUCAGACGGCGCUAUGCGAGGCGCAUCAGGAAGCUCGCUAAGGGGGUAAACAGCUUGGAACAGGAGCAGGCGUGGACGGAUGAGGAGCGUGCUAUGGCUUGGAAGGCGGCGCGCAACAAGGGCCAAUGCCGGGACAAGCAGGCCGAGAUGGAUGUCGAACCCAUCAAGCCCGUGCGGCGCGGUUCCGAGGAGACGUCUUCGAGCGAAGAGGAGUCAAGCUCGGACUCAGACUCUGGCAUGGAGUACUAGGACUUGGGAGGGAGGAUGCAUCACGCAGCCUGCCGCCCUCGAAUUGCAUCAGGCCACGGGGCAGGCACCACGACCCUUGAGGCGCUGCAGCCCACCUUCUGCUUGCCAGCCUCGGCAAGGUUUAUGCACUCUUCUGCCCCU